AUAUAUUUUUCAGUUAGAGGUUGGCAAUCGGUACGUUAGCAAGUGUUCACAUCGGUCCGUUAUCCGUACUAAAUUAAUCGGUACAAAGUGAAUAGAAUGUUUAAAAUUUGCGAAUUAUUGAUUCUCGGUGUCUAGCAGUGGCUCACAUUGCAAACACUGCUGAAAACAGGUGGAUUUCUUUCAUCAAAAAGGCGACAUAUUUCUGAUUUGCAGGUGAUCAGAGGAAGAUGAAGUUGGUGGUCUAAUUGGAAACAUACGUGUAUGCGUGGUAAAAGUGUAAAACCAAAAAGAAUGCCAAUGCGAAUGUGUGAGUGUUAAAACCUGCUUCUGCUUCUUGGGCGACCGACCGCGUGAAGCUUUUCAUGUUUACGUCUUGUCUUCAGCGGAAGCCGACGAACGGGAUAAAGGAGAGAAAAGUAGUGAAAAAUACAAGUUUUUCGUUUUCUGCUUUCGCACCACCGACAUCGAAGUGAGUCAAUGCACUUGUAUGGGAAAAUGAUAUCUGAAUCAAAAGCGUUCAAUGGAGGCGCUAGCUUGUUGUAAAAGUUUUCUACUCAUAAUGAGUUGAAUGAAGAGAGGUUGAAAAGAGGAAGGCGUAAAAAAGUUCAGUUCGUUCUUGCAUUUCUUUAUCGAGGAAGUGGUAAAGAAUGUGUGGCAGUUUAACGGAUUGAAACAUCUUUUGUGGAUCUAGGCGGAAUAUAAUUAUACACAGUGGUGAAAAAGAAACAAACGGCGGCUGGGGUGGUAUAAACAUCUGCUGCUGUGCCUUAGCAGAAUUGGAAUUGAUAAAAAGUUCCUGUUUUAUGAUUGCGUUCAUUGAGAAAGUAGUCAGGAAAAAUCGGAUAGCCUUUCAGUUGAAAAAUCUCAUCAUGAAAUAAUUUCCCAAUCACACUUGAACACAAAAUGAAGCUACCAGAAACUCGAAUAGCAUCGUUGGCGCUAUUGGUUGUUCAAGUUAUAUCUCUUUGGCGAUGUGUCAGUGGCUAUAUGGUUAUAGUCAGUGAAAGCGAUGAACCAAAUAAAAUAGUGUUCAAUGCAUCCGUUUACAAGUUAGGAUCCGAAAGGCACUACAAAAUCAACACACAUAAAACUGCCCAUUUCGUUCAUCAUUUGCUCAAAGUAGAUCCAAACAGUGGACAAAUCCACCUAAGGAAACGGUUGACAUGCGACGGCAUUUAUUACCCUAGCUUGUUCACAUUUUAUGUUGAUUCUACCUCUAAUCGGCUUCGGAGUAUUGACUAUUACAGUUUGCCGCUGCGUAUAUUUAUCACCGGGACCAAUUGUACAGACGAUUCUUUUGCGGAAAGUUUUCGACAUUUUUUCGAAGAAGAUGAUACAGGAUAUAAUAGGAGACGCAAACGAGCGAGCGAAGAGCAUGACGAUCGUUUGUACGGGCAGUAUGUUGGCAAUGAUCUCCACAGCUACUAUCGCGAAUUUCCAUGGCUAAUAUCACCGCCAGUAACAAAUUAUACUUCCUUCCAAGAUGGAGACAUAUUAUUUGAUAGCACAGAGAAGAAUGCUUACCGUCAUUCUAUCAUUGUACGCAAAAAACGCGGUCUAACGGAGCCACCGGACCAACGAAUACAUCGAAAAAUUAAUGAUGCACGGCAAUGGAUAUCUGAAACGUAUGCUUCUUAUGCAAUUCACACAACCGAUAAAUGGAAUCAAAUUUGCCUAAAAAAGUCUCAAUUCAUUAAUUCAAUAAAUUCGUUUUUACCAAAGACAGUUCAACAAUAUUGCUCAGUUAAAUAUUUGGACGUCAAUGAUGGCCGGUUUAGAAUAGAAUCAAAAUCUGGUGAUUUGGUGGCUAGUAAUGAUUUGUGCAUAGCGGAAUCGUAUUGGAAGGUAGCUAUUACAUUCAAUGUGAAAUGUAAUCGCAAAGAUGUUGUAGAUGCCGAUCAUAGACUGAAAGUGGUCUACCAUCAUCAAGAAUUAAAUGAUACAGAUAUUGCCAAACGUGUCAAACGAGAGCUACGCAAUCAAAGUCCAUACUUUGAGCAAGCACUAUAUGUAGCAUCCGUACAAGAAGAACAACCACCCGGGGCCUCGGUAACGACUGUUCGAGCACGUGAUCCUGAAGAUUCCCCAGUUGUGUAUUCUAUGGUUUCGCUAUUAGAUUCACGUUCUCAAUCCAUGUUCAAGGUAGAUUCUCGAACAGGAAUAGUAACAACCGCGGCAAGUCUUGACCGAGAGCUAAUGGAUGUCCACUAUUUUCGUGUUAUCGCAACUGACGACAGCUUUCCACCACGAUCGGGCACGACGACGCUGCAGGUAAACGUUUUGGAUUGCAAUGAUCACACUCCUUCGUUUGAGUCUGAAGAAUUCCUAGCUAGUAUUCGGGAAGGCGCCAGUGUUGGUUCAACAGUAAUCACCAUCAGAGCUACCGAUCAAGAUAUUGGUAGAAACGCCGAUAUUGAAUACGCAAUAGUAAGUGCCAACGGUGAUGGAUCAACUUCAAACGGACAAGGAGAGCAAACUUUCCGGAUCGAUGCUCGAAGUGGUACUAUAUCGACACGAAGUGCUUUGGAUCGUGAAGCGGUAGAAAUGUAUAAACUAAUCGUAUCUGCUUCCGAUAUGGCUACAUUGCAAACCGAGCGGCGUUCAGCGACAGCAACGGUCAUAGUGAAAAUUUUAGAUGACAAUGAUAAUUACCCACAGUUCAGUGAAAGGACAUACACAGUUCAAGUUAGCGAAGAUCAAUGGACCAAUGAAAACAAUGUUAUAACACACAUUCAAGCCACAGAUUCCGAUCAAGGAAACAAUGCUGCUAUUAGAUAUGCUAUCAUCGGUGGAAAUACCCAGUCUCAGUUUUCAAUUGAUUCCAUGAGCGGUGAUGUGUCUCUGGUAAAACCCUUGGAUUACGAGAGCGUCAGAAGCUAUAGAUUGGUAAUACGUGCACAAGAUGGUGGUAGUCCAUCGCGCAGCAAUACCACACAACUCCUUGUUAAUGUGCUGGAUGCCAAUGAUAAUGCACCUCGUUUCUACACAUCACAGUUCCAAGAGGCAGUAUUGGAAAGCGUUCCCGUUGGUUACAACAUAGUACGUGUGCAAGCUUAUGAUUCUGACGAAGGAGCAAAUUCAGAAAUCUCUUAUAACAUACGAGACAGAGAUGAUAAUCUGCCACUUGCUGUUGACUCCCGCACAGGCUGGAUUCACACAACGAAGCCUUUAGAUCGUGAAGAAAGGAGUAGGUAUAGUUUUCAAGUCAUUGCCAUGGAUGGAGGAAUACCACCCAAGUCUGCAAGCACCUCGGUUGUUGUUACAAUUCAAGACGUAAAUGAUAAUGAUCCAACGUUCAGCCCAAAAUAUUACGAGGCAACCAUCGCUGAAGAUCAACCACCAGGGACACCUGUGACAACAGUUACCGCUACCGAUCCCGAUGAAGAUUCUCGAUUGCACUACGAAAUAACCGCUGGAAAUACUAGAGGCCGGUUUUCGAUAACGUCUCAGAAUGGUCGCGGAUUGAUAACAAUCGCUCAACCGUUAGAUUACAAGCAAGAGCGCAGAUUUGCAUUGACAAUUACUGCCACCGAUAGCGGUCAGAGAACUGAUACAGCGAUUGUCAACAUUAAUAUCACUGAUGCUAACAAUUUCGCACCAGUUUUUGAGAAUGCUCCUUAUACGGCAUCAGUUUUUGAAGAUGCACCAAUCGGCACUACAGUUUUAGUUGUCUUCGCAACAGACAGUGAUGUCGGCGUAAACGCUCAGAUAACGUAUCUGUUGAACGAUGAAUCUGUUAAUGGUUUAGGGUCUAACGAACCGUUCAGUAUUAAUCCACAAACAGGAGCAAUUGUUACAAAUGCACCUUUAGAUCGUGAAACAAUGAGUGGUUAUUUGCUAACAGUGACAGCAAAAGAUGGCGGUAACCCUUCACUAAGUGACACUACCGAUGUAGAAAUUAGCGUUACAGAUAUAAACGAUAAUGCACCGCAGUUCAAAGUUCCAUUGUACCAAGCAACGAUAGCAGAAGACGCACUCAUCGGGACAUCAGUUGUUCAAGUUGCAGCUACUGAUAUUGAUAUGGGAUUGAACGGCAGAAUAAAAUACACGCUUAGCUCAAAGGACAUCGAAGAUGGAUCAUUUGUGGUGGAUCCCACGUCAGGAGUGAUCCGCACCAAUAAAGGAUUGGACAGAGAAAGCAUUGCAGUUUAUCAUCUUGUGGCGAUUGCAUCAGAUAAAGGAACACCUACGUUAAGCAGUACAGUGGAGGUUCAAAUACGGUUAGAUGAUGUAAAUGACUCUCCACCUACAUUCGCAUCCGACAAAAUCACAUUGUAUGUUCCAGAAAACAGCCCUGUCGGAUCUGUGGUGGGUGAAAUUCACGCUCAUGAUCCGGAUGAGGGUGUAAAUGCAAUAGUACAUUACUCAAUUAUCGGCGGAGAUGAUUCGAAUUCAUUUUCCUUAGUGACGAGACCAGGAUCGGAGCGGGCUCAGCUUUUGACUAUGACGGAAUUGGAUUACGAAUCUAGCAAAAAGCGGUUCGAGCUUGUGAUACGAGCAGCAAGUCCUCCGUUGCGAAAUGAUGUUCAUGUUGAUAUUUUGGUGACAGAUGUAAAUGACAAUGCCCCAAUAUUGCGCGAUUUCCAAGUCAUAUUCAAUAACUUUAAAGAUUGCUACCCAAGCGGUGUUUUCGGAAAAAUACCUGCAUUCGAUGCAGAUGUAACUGAUAAACUGACAUAUCGAAUCUUAUCCGGCAACAAUGCAAACUUGGUCAAAUUGAACAGCUCAUCUGGAGGAUUGACUUUAAGUCCACAACUAAAUACAAACGUUCCUAAAUUUGCUACUAUGGAAGUAUCGGUGACUGACGGAAUAAACGAAGCCAAGGCAAUAAUGCAACUAAUCGUACGUCUAGUAACAGAUGACAUGUUGUUCAAUUCAGUGACCAUCCGAUUAGAUGAAAUGACGGAAGAGGCAUUCCUAUCACCAUUGCUAAACUUCUUUCUUGACGGAUUGGCAGCAAUUAUACCAUGUCCCAAAGAAAAUAUUUAUUUGUUUUCGAUUCAGGACGACACGGACGUCAAUUCAAGGAUUUUGAAUGUCAGUUUUUCAGCACGACGUCCAGACGUUGCCUUUGAAGAGUAUUACAGUCCGCAAUACUUGCAGGAACGCGUGUAUCUGAAUCGAGCCAUAUUGGCUAGAUUAGCUACCGUUCAAGUAUUACCAUUUGAUGAUAAUCUUUGCGUUAGAGAGCCUUGCUUGAAUUACGAACAAUGUAUUACGGUAUUGAAAUUUGGCAAUGCAACGGGAUUUAUCCAUAGUGAUACUGUACUAUUUCGACCUAUCUAUCCAGUCAACACAUUUGCUUGCAAAUGUCCGGAGGGAUUUACUGGCAGCAAAGAACACUACCUUUGUGAUACGGAGGUUGACCUAUGUUACUCAGAUCCUUGUCAGAAUGGAGGAAAGUGUGUGCGGAGAGAAGGGGAUUACACAUGUGUUUGUACCGAAUCACACACAGGAGUGAACUGUGAGACGGAGAUUAAAAGCCUUAAACCAUGUGCAGCUGAUCAAUGUGGAGAAGGUUUCAGUUGCUUAUCACAUACACUAAAUACUCCUCACAGCCCGACUUAUACAAAAACGUGUGAACUUACAUCGCGCUCGUUUACCAGAAACUCGUUCCUUACAUUCGCCAGUUUGAAGCAACGUCAUAGGUUCAAUAUUAAGAUGAGUUUUGCAACAGUUCGAGACAAUGGUUUGCUUCUGUAUAAUGGAAGAUACAAUGAGCAACAUGAUUUCAUUGCAUUGGAAGUCAUUAACGGAAAGGUGACGUUUUCCUUUUCACUUGGUGAUAAAAUUGAAUCGAUUGCUGUACAUCGUAACCAACGCAUAUCUGAUGGGAAUUGGCAUACAGUGGAGGUAAUAUACUUCAAUCGCACUGUCACUCUGACAGUGGACAACUGUGACAUUGCAUUGGCACUAGCAGAUCUUGGACAACGAUGGAACUGCGCCAAUCAGACGACAAUGGUAUUGGAUCGUAGAUGUUCCUCGCUCACAGAAUCUUGUCAUCGAUUUCUGGAUCUAACCGGACCGCUACAGAUAGGUGGAUUGCCGAGAAUUCCAACACAUUUUCAAAUCCAAUCUCACGAUUUUAUUGGAUGCAUAUCGGACCUUUACAUCGAUCACCGUUACAUAGAUCUGAAUUCUUUCAUCGCCGAUAAUGGCACAAUCGCGGGUUGUCCACAAAAAUCAGCCUCAUGUGCAUCAGAGCCGUGUUUCAAUGGUGGAACUUGUCGAGAAGGUUGGGGUGAAGGAUGGGAAUGUGAUUGUCCGGAUGGAUUUUCCGGAAAUGCUUGCCAGGAAUCAGUUACAAUACCCUGGCGUUUCAACGGGGAUGGAAUUUUGAGCUUCAAUCCAUUGCUUCGUCCAAUUCAACUUCCAUGGUUAACAGCUCUUUCGAUAAGAACCCGCCAAAAAGAUGCCUUCUUGAUGCAAAUACAAGUUGGUCAAAACAGCUCCGUUAUUGUAUCUUUACGAGAUGGCGUGCUGUAUUAUACGUAUAAUGCGGAGCCCAUGUUCCUUGCUGGAACAAAUUUAGCGGAUGGAAAAUGGCAUCGGAUAGAAAUCAAGUGGUUGGGAACGGAAGUGUCACUCUCUGUGGAUUAUGGUCAGCGUGCUGGAUUAUUGCCCAUGACUCAAAAAAUACAAGGCCUCUACGUUGGCAGAAUUGUUAUUGGUGGCUCGGAGAGCAGCAUUUCGGGUUAUGGCGACUAUGGUUUCUAUGAAGGAUGCAUACAGGAUGUUCGUGUAGGAGGUACUCAAUCAGUUCUUAAUCGCCCCACUAUCCGAGAAAACGUGAUUGAUGGAUGCAUGUCUAAUUCAAAAUGUCCUGAUAGUUGCCCAGAACAUUCAACGUGUGUUAUGAGUUGGGACGAAGCGCAUUGUGAAUGCGUUCAUGGCUACGUUGGAGAAAGCUGCUUACCUGUUUGCACAGCUAAGCCCUGUUCAGACAAUGGACAGUGUCGUGCUGAUAUGAUGAGCCAAAAGGGUUAUCAUUGUCAGUGCAAUAGCACCGCGAAUUCAGGAGAUUACUGCGAAAUUACAACACAACAGCCCUGUCCUGCUGGCUGGUGGGGAGAACGAGGGUGUGGACCAUGUAAAUGCAAUUUAAAACAGGGCUAUCAUCCAGAUUGCAACAAAAUGACUGGUCAAUGUUAUUGUAGGGAAAACCACUAUCAAAUGGUAAAUGACACAUCUUGUCUACCAUGUGAGUGCUACGCAGUAGGAUCAUACGGAAAAUCAUGCAACAAUUCCGGUCAAUGCGAGUGCCGUGAAGGAGUGAUAGGAAGACGUUGCGAUUCCUGCUCGAAUCCAUAUGCGGAAGUGACACUUAAUGGAUGUGAAGUAGUUUACGAUGCUUGCCCUAAAUCUUUUUCUGCUGGAGUAUGGUGGCCUAGAACAACAUUCGGCGAGGUUGCUGUGGAAAAUUGUCCUUUACCAGCUAGAGGCAAGGGCGUUAGACAAUGCGACAUUGAACACGGCGGAUGGGGCCAACCGGAUAUGUUCAACUGUACAUCAGAAAAAUUCUUGGAUCUUCGGAAACAGUUAUCUCAAAUAGAAACGGAGGGACUUGAGCUAAAUACGUUCAUAUCUGUUAAAAUUGCUGCCACUUUACAAAGCGCUACUUCUAGUUAUGGUAAAGCAAAAGAAGAUCGUCCAGAUUCAAUGCGCACGUAUGCAUUUGAAUCGUCUUUUACUUCGAAAAACUCGCUAUGGCAACCAAAUGAUUUUGAAUUUGACUAUUUUUACGAUGUGCAAAAUGCGAUUCCAAGCAAAUUAUAUGGUGCCGAUAUAUUGGUAACGGAACGAUUACUGCAUGAAUUGAUCAACUAUGAAUCACGACAGAAUGGUUUAAAUCUGUCUCACAGUCAAGAUAAGCAUUAUAUAAAAAAUCUAGUUGAAAGUGCAGGAAUUAUAUUAGACGUUCAAUACAAAAACGAGUGGAAAAGAUUAACGGAAUUGACCCAAAGGGGUCCAAAUGAUCUAGUAGAGGCAUUCAACAAAUAUAUGCUUAUUCUGGGUCGUUCGCAGCAUGAUACCUAUACAAACCCAUUUGAAAUAGUUCACAGUAAUGUGGCCUAUGGCUUGGACAUAGUCACUGCGGAAUCAUUGUUCGGUUAUGAGCCACAAUUGCUGACAGGAUAUCACAGAAAUAGCAAAUCUAAUAUGUUCACUACCGAAAGUGUUAUUUUACCCGACACAAGCGCAUUCUUACAACAUGCAAACAAACAAAAAUAUCCCUUAAUUUCGUUUCCAAAGUAUAAUAAUUAUAUUCAAGAUAAAACGAAAUUUGAUCGACACAGCAAAAUUAUGAUUCCGCUAGACAUGUUGGGGAUCACACAGCCUGACAGAAAUGAAGUAACUAACUCCAUUAGCGAUUAUCGAGCAAUAGUCGGGUAUGCACAAUACAAGGAUGCUGGUGCUAUUUUUCCAUUAAAUUUUGAUGAAACCAUCACUCGAAGAUGGGGUGUCGAUGUUCGAAUUGCUAGCCCAGUUCUAACACUCAACGUAUUGGUACCAAGUAUUGAUAAACCCACCGAAGAAAAGACAACGAGUGAUAAUUCGGAUUAUUUGGAAAAGUACUCAACGAAAGAUACUGAAGUAUUUUCGUCGUCACAUCAUGAGCAACUCAGUGAAAAACUGGCGAAUGAAAUAAAAAUAUCAAUUCAUGAUAUGAGCGAACAUGAUAACCUUGAGAGCUUAGAUGAACAUCCCCAAAUUAUAAUGAGCAUCGACGAGAAUCCUUUUGAAACGUCCAAUCCACCAGAAGCAAUAGUGUUAUCAUCCAGUUCGAUUGACAACGAAGCAACAUACGAUAUGGACGACGCAAUAUACACGAAAAUACAAAAACGAAGCGUUUUACAAUUGGCCACUAACCACGAUAACCUGGAUAAACCAAUUGAAUACAAACCAUUAGGUAGUCCCCAUUUACCCCAGCCAAUUAAGUUACUAAUGUGGCUACACAUACCUAGAAGCUGGUUUGGACCUCGCUCAAACCCUCAGUGUGUGCGAUGGAAUGCCCACGUGAAUCUGUGGACACGAUUAGGUUGUCAAACGGAGAUUCCGGAUUAUGACUUGCUGCCAAUAAAUGAAAGCGUGCUGAUCAACUGCACUUGCAGCCAAAUAUCCAGUUAUGCCGUGCUCGUAGAUGUAAUCGACCCAGAAAUUAUUCCGGAACCAUCGCUACUGGUUCAAAUCACGUCGUUUUCAGCAUUCCUCAUAUCCUUGCCUGUGUUGUUUGCUGUGAUUAUAUCCCUGGCUCUUCUGCGAGGUCUGCAAACCAAUUCAAACACCAUCCAUCAGAAUUUACUGUUUUGUAUUUUUAUCGCUGAGCUGCUGUUUUUCAUUGGCAUCCAAGCACGGAGAGAGCUAAUCGAUAAUGAGUUCUCUUGCAAACUGGUUGCGAUUGUGUUACACUAUGCGUGGCUGGCGGCAUUCGCAUGGACAACGGUGGAUUGUGUCCACUUGUAUCGCAUGUUGACAGAAAUGCGUGACAUCAACCAUGGUCCAAUGGGUUUCUACUAUACGUUAGGGUACGGUGCCCCGGCCCUUAUAGUGGGACUUUCUGUAGGAGUCCGAGUUCAUGAAUAUGGAAACAACAUGUUUUGCUGGUUGUCUGUAUACGAAUCUGUAAUAUGGUGGUUAGUAGGACCUAUCGUUAUAAUGUCCAUAGUGAAUCUCCUGAUCUUGUUCCUGUCAGUAAAAGCUGCCUUCACUAUAAAGGACCAUGUGCUAGGAUUUGGAAAUCUUCGAACUCUACUAUGGCUUUCUGUAGUUUCUCUGCCAUUGAUGGGUAUAAUGUGGGUUCUUGCGGUAUUAGCUGCGUCGGAUAGUUCCCAAACAUUGAAAGUGUUGUUGUCAGCAGUUUUGAUCAUACAUGCCUUUUUCUCCAUUGUUGGUUAUUGCAUAAUAAAUAAGCGUGUACGGGAAAACUUGCACAGGACAUUUUUGAGGUGCCUAGGGAGGAAAGUACCAUUGCUCGAUUCAUCUUUAGCGGUGAGUAGCAGUUCUCAAAACAUUGGACAAACAUCAAAAACUCCAGGAUUCUCAAGUCAAUAUGAGACUGCAAGACGAAACAUAGGAAUAAGCACCUCCAGUACGACGUCCCGGAGUACUGCAAAAACUAGUUCGAGUCCAUACAGUGAUGGACAAUUCCGACAUACGUCAACAUCCACAUCCAACUAUAAUUCCAACAGUGAUGGUGUACCGUCAUAUAUGCGUAGUUAUGAAGGAAAUGCUUUGCGUAAAAUCAAGGAAUCCAGCGGUAGUUCUCCACACAGUAGAAAAGGACGGCGUCAUAGACGCGAUUCAGAUUCCGGAAGCGAAACAGAUGGCAGAAGCCUGGAACUUGCCUCUAGCCAUUCAAGUGAUGAUGAAGAAUCACGCGUUGGUCGUAACAGUAGCACGCACCGCAGCUCUGCAGUUUGUUCUACCAGCUAUCUGCCAAACAUUACAGAACAUGUCACAACACCUCCGGAAUUGCAUGUCGUGCAGAGUCCUCAGCUCUUUCCAAACAUCAAUUCUUCGAGGUGGUCGAGUCAAGCUCCUGAAUCAUACUUGGGAAAUACGAAUGCUGGACGUUGGUCCCAGGAAACCGGAUCUGACAAUGAAGCUCACCCUCAUAAUUCGCCAAAUGUCUUGCCCAGUCCAGAUAUAACAGACACAUCAUAUUUACACCAAAAUCGCAUGAACAUGCCCCCUUCUAUACUGGAAAAUAUUCAAGAGAGUUAUAACUAUUCUAACCAAGACUUGAGAAAUGAUAAGUACAGCAAUCAUGGAAACGAAAAAUAUUCUGAAGAAUACAAAGAUUAUGAAGAAGACCACCAACAUGAUCCAAUGCAUUACAUAACUAGCGGAGGAAUGAAUCAUUUAUCCGGAUCAACGCAAGUGAUUAAUCACAUGCGGUCAUACAAUCAUGAAAGUCCUUAUGGUUUCAAAGAAUCUCUUUAUGAGAGGUCCAGAACACUUGGCUAUAAGGCUGAAUCGCCUUACAUGUCGAAAGAGCGAAUAUCUUCUGAUUUGUAUAGUCCAAGGGCUGAUGCGCAUGGAUCGUUCAAGUCAAGUGUUCAAUCAUUAUUAAAAAAUGAUUAUCAACGACACAAACACGGCGCUGAUUCUGAUCGUAUGUCAGAAGGAUCGGACAAAAAUCCAUAUAAUUUCCCAUAUACAGCUGAGGAAGACCAUUCAAGUCACACAACAAUGAGAUCGAACGAAGGGGCCGCACAAGCAAUCCACCGAUUUAAUAACGCUUCCUCAAUACAACCAAUGGCGCCUUUAACGAACCUUAAAGAUAAUAACGAAUGGUGUUGGGAUCGACUAAAAAGUUUGGAUUAACCUUUACAUUUAAGAAUGCUCCAGAGUCCGAGUAAGGAGGGCAUAUCGACGACGAUGAGACAACCGUUUAAGAUGAAACGUUUUGGAGUCCAAUUUCAUAUAUUACUAGCGAAUUGGGAAGCACGAAUUUCACUAAGAAGCUUAUUUGAAGAUUUUUUUUUUAAAUUUAAACCAUGCUGGAAGGCUACUAGUAUACAUUUCAAUCUCAUAGAAUCAUUAACUGAAAUUUGUGUCUUCUAAAUUUCGAGAUAGGUCAGGAGCCAGGCAUUUGGACGCCACUUUUAUAUUCUGGUAUUAUCGUGAAGCAUGCCACCGAACAUCGAACAUUUGGACGACAUUUACACAAUAGCAUGAAAGCUGUACACAUAAUUUCCUCAGGAUAGUUUCAAUAUGUUAUAUAAAAAUCGCUAACCCAUAAAAGAAGAAAAUAAUGGUGUAUCUGUAAUAUGUAUAAAAUGAACAAAUAAUUAUUUAAAACCUUAUGGCACACUAUCGCAAAAUGUUAUAACGAUAUGAAAUAUUUUAUUUGCAUAUUGCAAUGCGCGUCAACUCAAAAAGCAGCGUACUUUAUGCGCUGUCUUUCGUAUAUGUAAAUAUGGCGUGCAUUUUUAAACUACGGGGCUUGAAUGGUAAAGUACUUAAAAAAAACGCAUUUUAAUACUCUUCCCAGAGUAAGACCAUAUUAUACUUGAAUUCCUUUAUUUCGUAAUUCAGCGUUUAGUCAUUUCGUAUUUUUAUGUUCCUGACUGUUGAAAUACUCUCGUUCGCCAAUUUUCGAAAUUCUAAUUUUACAGAAUAGUACAUUUCGGUUACUGUCAGAACAUUCCCUGUUUGGCGUACAGAAAAACAUGAUUGGAGCCAAUCGAGCAUGACGUCACGGUGCCCUCGGUGACGCAUAAUACUAAGUGACGCCAUGCUCGAUUCGUUCUGAUUAACCGAAGAAAAAAAAUAUUAAAUAUAUGCCUUUAUUUCAUAGGUUGCAACAUAAAACGUGUUAUUUAUUAUAUUAUUAUUAGUAAAUUUUAGUUAUGAUGUCAUUCAAAGCCCUGCUUUUAUUAGAAAAGGUUAUGUUUAAUUUUCAUGCUAUCGAGCUUUGGAUCUUUAUUUAGAAAAGAUGCAUUUAAGUAUUCAAAAUUAGUAUUAUGCGUUCUAUGUUAGCAACAUUAUCAAAAAAAGUCUGAUGUAUGUAGGUGAAGAAGCUCUGGUAACGCAUAUUAAAAAUUUAAUAUUGAUUAGUGACUGAUUAAGAAAUGUGUGCUUACACAUCGAUUGACAGAUACGGUCAAUCCGGGGUCAUACACAAAUUAUGUGACGCAAGUUCAAGCCAAAUGACACUUCAAAGGAGAUUUCCAAAACAUGUUUGGGUUUCCACUGUCCAGUGCUGAAAAAAUCAUUUCGUCAACCACCAAUUCAACCACCUACCGUUUAUUUUAGAAGCUGAACCCGAGAUAUAUUAAAAACUUGUGCGGCUAGUCCAGUUCUACAAGAAAGUCACGGACAACCGCUAUUUUUCGAAUAUUUAAAGUAAAUGUCGCGGACUACCUUCGAAAAAUGCCAAUUGAUAUUCACCAUGAAUAUCAUUGGAAUUUGUCGAAGACAGUUCGUGACAUUUACCUUAAAUAUUCGAAAAAGAGCAGGUUUUGCGUGACUUUCUUGUAGAAUUGGUCUAGCCGCACAAUUUGUUCAUAUACCAUAUUCUCAGCUUCAGCUUCUAAAAUGAGCUGUAGGUGGUUGACGAAAUGAAUUUUUCAGCAAUGCCACUGUCUGCGGAGCUCUCCUCCUGUUCCUUAAUGUGUUACGUAAUUUAAGAUAGUCACGGCAGUAAGCACAGUGUGAGGGCGCGCGCCGUUGUAAAAAGUAUUGUCGUCGCGGUUGAAACCCGAAGUUUCCCCACACCCGACAAACGAAUUUUCUCAAAAUCCAUACAUGAAACCUAACGUCGGACGUAGUGCGCUGGACAGCGGACCUGACUCUAUCCAGCGCACUGUGCCCGAUGUACGUCCGACACACGGUUUAGGAGAAAACUCGAUUUUCGCGUGUCAAAAAAUCCGAUUUUCAGCUGCACGAACAAUACAACACCACAAAAAACCCUCCCUUGUCGUAUACAACGCGGUGCAGUUCGAGGAUUCAACAGGCACGCGUCCUGAAGGGUUAAAGAACAUCACAAGAUUAGCGUCUAGACUUACGCCGAUUAAGCCUUCCACAGGGUGACCCACACUUAUAUGAAAAAAAAAAAAUUGAAAAAUGCAAAGUCUUACUUCCUUAAUCGGUUAUUUUGGACUUCCAGAAGCUACGUUCAAAAUUUGAGCAAAAUCGAUUAAGCCUAAGGGGGCACUCAAUGUGCUUGAAGUUUGCAUGGGAAAACGUGGCCAAAUAUAUACAGAAAUCUUAGGUUUUCGAUUUUUGCCGCUAGUCUGUUAAUAAAGUUAUACUUUAGGUAAAGUGACGCGAGACAUUAUGGUUGUUUUUCCAGUACAUGUAAAGCAAUUACAGUAAAGGCAUAAUAUCAAUAAUGAAAUCUCAAUACUUCACCUCACCAAACAUAAUAUUUCUGCAUAUAUUUGACCACGUUUUCCCUUACAAACUUUUAGAACUUUGAGCGCCCCCUUAGGCUUAAUCGAUUUUGCUCAAAUUUUGAACGUAGCUUUUGGGAGUCCAAAACAACCGAUUCAGGGAGUAAGACUUUGCAUUUGUUUUUCAUAUAAGUUUGGCCCACCCUAUUCCACAGUGUCCAAUAUUUCUAUUCGUAAUAAAUGCAAGAGCUUGCUCAUUAUUUCAAUGUACUACCAAGUGUAUUUAAAUAUGUGUAAAACAUUUUUUUUAAAUAGUUUAUAAAUCAACAAUGCUUAAUGCUAUAUAUGGGCAGAAAAGGGUUAAUAUUCAAGUUAACAGAACACUCGAACGAUAUGCCUUAAAUAUAUUGGAUGAUGUAAAUUUACUGUUUUUUUAAUCAAUAUGUAUAU